GCCUUCCUUGUCGCUCCAACAAACACCAAAUAGGCAAGUAAUCAGCUCUGCUAAAAAUAUUUGAAUAUCCCAAAUAUCGGAAGACAAGAUGGGGGCAGUCAAUAUCUGGAACGCCAUCGAAGUUGCAGAGAGCCAUACCUCUGACAUUCCGUCGUCUUCCCUCACCAUCGACCACUCCCUAUCGCCUUCCGAUAUGAAGCCGCGGAUCGUAGAGCUGUGCAAGGACCUGUUCAAGAAGUGGUCUAAUUUGGACGAGUCUCACUUCUCUGUUGAGAGAGUUUCCGGUGGCAUAACAAAUCUAUUGCUAAAGGUUUCUGUUGUGGAAAAAAACGGGAAUAUUGUCAAUAUUACAGUAAGGUUGUAUGGUCCUAAUACUGAGUACGUCAUCAAUCGUGAAAGGGAACUACAGGCUAUCCCAUACCUUUCAGCAGCAGGAUUUGGUGCAAAGUUACUUGGAAUAUUUGCGAAUGGAAUGGUGCAGUCAUUUAUUGAUGCACGAACUCUGGCUCCACCAGACAUGAGAGAGCCAAAGCUAGCAGCUGAAAUUGCUAAACAACUUCGUAAGUUUCAUCAGGUGGAUAUACCAGGUUCUAAAGAACCUCAACUGUGGAAUGACAUCUUCAAAUUCUAUGGAAAAGCGUCAAACCUCAACUUUGAUGAUUUUGAGGAGCAGAAGAAGUAUGAAACAAUUUCAUUUAAAGAAAUAAUUAGUGAAAUCAUUGAGCUCAAGGAAUUGACUGGAUGUCUUGAUGCCCCAGUAGUCUAUGCUCAUAAUGACUUGCUUUCAGGAAAUUUGAUGCUUAAUGAUGAUGAAGAAAGACUCUACAUCAUUGAUUUUGAGUAUGGAUCAUAUAGUUACAGAGGUUUUGACAUUGGGAAUCACUUUAACGAAUAUGCUGGCUAUGAUUGUGACUACAGCUUGUGCCCAAACAAGGAUGAACAAUAUCAUUUCUUCAGACACUAUUUAGACCCUGAAAGACCGGAGGAGGAAGUUAACUGUGAUGGCUGUCAAAUGCCAAUUGCAGGGAGAUGAUUGUAUUUCUCCUUCUUCUUCUUGGCUUUACUCUAGCAGAAGUAUUGAUGACUGACAUGCUGUUGGUUAUGGACCUGGUCUUUGCUGCUACUUAAUUCAGUUUCUGUUACUUUAGGCUUUGUUACUAUGCUGCUUUCAAAUAUCAUCCUUUGUAACACUAGUUCGAUUUUUUGUAUGUAAUCUGUACAAUUCAGCUUUGGUUACUAAAGUAUGGUAAAGUAGUUUGUACAUAUGUGGUUCAAGAUCAUUCUAUGUUGUUACCUUUAUCCCAUUCUGUUCUUUCAUCCACAUUAACCAAACCAGAUUGCAGAAUGAUUUGAGAUAUACAAUUAUUUCAUCAAGUAAAAGCAUUAUUGUCAAUUUGAAAAAUCACAUGUCCGGGAUU